AUGUCUAAAACGUUCGUCAGCUCUGCGAAAGCUGUUGUCGUUGAUGCGACUGAGUUGGAGAAGCCAACUCUUAGCCAGACUUAUGCCACAUUGCGCAUCUGUCUGAGAUAUGGAGAGAGCAGUGCGAACAUCUUCAAUCGAUUGAUCAAAGUGCUGGAGACAACGGAUUUCAUACACAUUCUGAGUAUGAUGCCCGACGAGGAACUGGAGCGUUUGAUGCCCAUGUUGGCGCAGCGUUUGACUCGUCUGCGUUUGGAGAUGGCUGAGAUACCGUUACUGUACAGCAUCAGUCGUAAGAUGGGCGUGGCGGAGCUACAGCAGGUACGCAUCUGCGAUGUAGCGCAAAGCAAGAUGAAGCUAAAUGGCAGCACCUCCAUGUGUCAUUUGCACCUUUUAGGCCAGCUGCUGCCGCGUCUGGACAUGCUCAAUGUUCAUGCGGCUGUUGUGGCAUCCUUUCCAAACAAUUUCCGAAAUCUGCGAGCGCUGCUGUUGCGCCAGGGAACAUCACAGCUGGUGCUGGAUGAAAUCUGCGCUCAUUGUCCGCAGCUCCAGCGGCUGUUUCUGCGGAACGAGUCGUCCGAGCUGCUGGAUGCAAGUAAUAUUUUGAAAUGUUCCCAGUUGAAGGAGCUCCAGCUGCCACUGAUGCUGCGCUCGCCACUGGCCGUGUGCCACUUGACACACCUCGAGCAUUUGUCGCUGCAGCGUCUGCAGCUCUGGCCGGGUCUGGACUGGCUGCCGAUUGUCCGGGAGAUUAUCACUGCCAAGCGCUACGAGCUGCGCUCUCUAAGAUUCGAUGGCAGCUGGCUGGUUACACCGCUGGAUCUGUCGCUGUUGCAGCUGAAACAUUGUUGGGCGCUGCAGGAGGUGCUGCUGAGCAACUGCAAGCUGGCGGAACACACGACGCAGCCGGAGCUGCCACUCAGCUGUCAUCGAUUCGGCCUGCGCGGUUGCAAGCUAAGCUGGCCGCUGCGCUACCUCAAAAGCAAUGCGCAGCUGCAGUUGCUCGACUUCUUUGACUGCCAGCUUGCUGCUGGUGGAUAUCAACUGUUACAGCACCUGCUCAAGCAACGCCAAUGCCUGCCUGCCGUAAUGCCGCUCCAGCUGCGCUUUAGCAACUCGACACCACUGCGCGCGGAGCUAACUAGCUGGCCGGCCAGCAGGCGACAGCACAACGAAGCCUGGCUGAAGGUGAUGGAGGUGGACGACGAUGUGCCCACCUGGAAGCAGCCGAUCGGCACGAUUAGCAUGACAUUUGGCAAGCCAAUUAACUAUACGCCCGAUCUGGAUCUUCGCAGCUCUACCCAGGCUCCAGUCCCAGCGACUCGCUAAGAGAAUUUCAGAUUUUUCAG